AAUAGUUUCUAAUUGGAUCGAUCAAAGAUUGCGAGAAAAGAAAUAACGAUGUUACAUUAGGCCUAAAAACUUUUGACUGAUCAGCCUCACGGUCUUCCGCUUGUUACGUAUGUGUUUUCUAUUGAUAUAUACAUAUCUUAAAUAAAAUAUCGGUACUCUCUUCAACUAUUUUGUCUUUAAGCUGUUUACUAUUUUUUUUUUUACCCUUCACGAGCGUUAUUUAAUUGCGUGAUGUUACGCGAAUGAUAGUUCUUGAAAUUUGACAGUCAACUUUUCUGCUUCAUUUACGAAAUAAUAGCUUAAUACAAUUCGCGCGUUAUUUGCAACAACUAGAAAGUUUAACUUGAACAAAUUUAUGGCGAAAUUGACAGAUCCUGUAAAACUACGCUUUUAUUUAGAAAGAUACAGAAAAGAAAAUAAAUUGAUAAAUGUGCGAGAAACGUUUGUGCCUACUAUUUAUGUAAAACCAUUAACUGGCAAAUUCUAUGCGAAGCACGAUGUUUUCUCUCCGUCGGACGUUAGAGAAGACGAUAUCAACUUGAUUAAACGAAUGGAGAUGAUACCUACAGACAUUUAUUCCUUCAGACCGCCGACAAUAAAUAUGGAAUACGGUUGGUUCACUACAUUGCUUAUACCCAUUUCGAAAGAUCCAAGAUUACGCUUCUCCAGAAAACAAUCGGAUUUUAUUACGAAUGAACUCUUACGUCGAAAACUGCAAAAAGGUCUUCCGGAAAAACCAUUUUUUGGCGUGCCAUUUAAAACAUAA